CAAUGACCGGAGGCUUCGUUUCUCGCUGGCAGCAUCUGCUCGUCCGGAGGAAUGGUUCCUGUCAUGACCAUCUUCCUCGACUGCAGACCGUUGAGUGAUCAUUCCAACAUAUAUUUUCCUCUUUUGAUAAAAACCUCAUCAGCAUUUUUUAUUCUUCCAGGACCCAUUUUAAUUCGACUACUCAAAAGCUUCUACUGUAACUGACUGAUUUGCAUCUUCAUUUAAAAGAUGGGUUACCAAACUCAC